UACUAAAUCUCUCAGACCAAGGCCCUCUAAACAGUGCUGAUGUUGCUCAGCAGUGGUGGGCAUCUCGACCCUUCUCCCCUCCAAAUGUGCCAAUCAAUGCCUACUCGUGUCAAGCAUGGCCUGCCAUGAACAUGCCAGCGCUGCGCCAGGCAUUGGCGUUGGGGCAAGCAAUGGGGCAGGCACAGAUACUGGAUCCAAAUUAUGAGCAGGUACUGGGGGAGGCACAGGAAGCAAGGCAGGCCCACGGAAUGGCACUGAGGCGGGCAAUGAAGCGAGAGCAGCAGCAGCCAAUGGCGCAAGCGCAGGCAAUGGCGCAGGCUCCAGUAGUGACCCAGGCACCAAGACUGACGCGGCGGCAGGCAAUUGAGAGGGCACGGGCACAGCAAUGGGCGAAGAUAUGGGCAGCAAGGGAGCAAAUAGCACGACGGCAGGAGAUGGAGCGGGCGCAGUGGGCCCAGGCGCAGGCCCAGGCGCAAGCCCAGGCGCAGGGAAAUGCAUACGCACAGCCUUUAGGAUUGCCAAACUUUGUCCCUUUUGUACUGCAACCCCCACCUCCGGGUAGGAAGGCCAGGCCCUCCCCUUUGCAGCCGCCCCCUUCAAACACCACGUCACCUGCUGCAUGCCUGCCAAUGCAGUUCCAGGCUACUCCACUCCAAGCCCCAGUGGACCCGCCGAAAUCUCCCGAUGUGAACCCGAAGGAGCGCAGAGGCUCCGCUAAGCAAGAGCCCUCUAAGAAGACCAGCAGCGAGAGCAAAGGACAAGAUACUGGGAAGCAGGAGCGCAUUGUGGGUGAGAUUGCCUUCCAGCUGGACCGCAGGAUCCUCUCCAGCAUCUUCCCUGACCGGGUCCGCCUCUACGGUUUCAGUGUCCGCAACAUCCCUGAGAAAGUUGCACAGAGCGGAAACGACCCCUUCCUGCAACUGACUGAAGAACAGGCUUCUACCAUAAUCGAGCGCUACAGCAACAUCAUGGACCGCCUGAAGCACCUGGGCUAUGACCCAAACGUCCACCCCACCCUGACGGAGCACAUAGUGAACACUUUUGGCAUCCUCCGAGAUCGGCCAGACAUGACCGGCACAGAGGCAACUGCCUACGACGUGCAGUAUCUGCAGGAGGUGGUCAGGAAUACAGCUCCGGAUGACAUGUGUGGGAACUGUAUGCUGCUCCUCAGCUGCCUCCACCAGCUGUCACAGGAUGAUGGGAAGCCCCUGUUCAUCUGGUGAAGCAACCCCAACCCCCUACCGCCCUCCUAGAAUGCACCCUACUGCUGCAAACACAAUAAACCAUCUGAAUAGGCCUGGCAAAAGUGUCUUGUGCCGAGUGUCUUCCUUAUGUAACCUGCAGCCACCUUGCACCUCCUUCUCCUCCUGCAGUUCCAUCAUUUGGGAGGCGGCCAGUUGGUCCUCUUGGCCCUGAGCUGGCCGCCUUCAAAACCGUAUUAACUGUAGUCGAGCUCGAAGAUGAGAGUGAAAGGGGAGGGGCGAUCAUGAUGAGAAAUGUACUGAACUGUAUUUUUUGUAGAAGGAUUUAAAAAGAGCAAAUUGCUGGCACUGAGAGAGGGGUUUCUUUAUGGAAAAUCCUCUGCUUGUGGUAUAGCAAAUCUGAUAAGCCACUUUUGUAAGCGACAACUAUUUCUAUAAGCUAUUAUUAUGACAAGCUUUGCUACUAAAAUAUAAUCAGUGUUAUGACGCUCUGUGAUUUUGUACUAACUCCAUUCUGUAAUCUGUAUUCUACACCUGGAAUUAACACUUGGUUAGUAAAUCAAAGAACUUU